ACUUUUUAGUUUUAUUUUUACACUCAAUCCGGUCACACAUAUUUUUCAAUCAAGCUAGGUCUAGAAAAGUUUCCACAAAUCGGAUUGCGGUAUGGAAGAAAAGGCUGGUCCUUCCGGAUCUAGAGGCAAAUCCAAGAAAUCCACAACGAAAAGAGGGCUCAUCGAGGAUGCAAAAUUAAGUUGCGAUGCAUUUCCCAGACCUCGCGGACCGAUGAAAAAGUGUUUUGGAAAGAAAUCUCCAAAAUUUCUACCCGCCAAGAACAUAUCCUCGAAGGUCGUAAGGACCAAAACCCCAAGUCAUGGCCGAAAGCGAAUGCCUCCCAAGGUUGCCACCGCAAAGAAACGUGCGGAAAAGAAAAAUUAUAACCCGAACGCCACUGUGAAACAAGCUGAGGCGCCCAGCGGUAACUCCUGGUGGAAGUCCUGGUUUUGCAAAAAUCAAGAUGACAAACCGGUCUUUCAGGAAGUUCACGAAGAAGCGAUGACUCAGCGGGCCGUAAAGCCGAGGACAGACUGGAAAGUAUGGAGUUCCCGUGAAGUGGCAGACUGUUCAACUCAAACCGAUUUAAGGGUUAAGAAGCCGAAGUGGAGUGGAUCGUAAUGAAUUAAAAGGCAAAAGUUUUUAGCAUUUGUACCAUACAAUAACAUGCUUUUUAAAAACUA